AUGUGUUUUGGUAGGCAGAGCUUCCCUAGGGAGGAGGAGGGGUUGGAUGGAGUGAGGAGGUUGCUGAGCUGCUUUGUUUCCUUGCCUGUCCUUCAGAACGUGUACAAGUCCGACCUUCUGUGGCUGAGGGGCAUUGGCUGGUCCCCCAGUGGUUCGCUGGACGACGAGAAGAACAAGAGGGCGAGCCUCAUCCUGAGUGACAAGAAGUAUCGGCAACACCCGGACACCAUCAAAUUCACGAGCAUUCCUGACUCGAUGCCUAUGGUUCUGGCAAAGCACAACUCUGAAAUUAUGAACCAACGCGCCUACACGUCAGCCUGGGAGAAAGAUAAAACCAGCGUUCACAUUAUGCCGGAUACACCUGGUAUUUUGCUAGCCCAGCAGAACAAAGUGAACUUCAGUGAGAAACUGUACAAGCUUGCGAUGGAGGAAGAGAAGAAAAAGGGCUACGACAUGCGAGCAGAUGCCAUUCCUAUCAAGUCUGCUAAAGCUUCCAGAGACAUUGCGAGUGAUUACAAGUAUAAAGAAGGCUAUCGCAAGCAGCUUGGUCACCAUAUUGGAGCCCGAAAUAUAGAGGAUGAUCCGAAGAUGAUGUGGUCGAUGCACGUAGCCAAGAUCCAGAGUGACAGGGAGUACAAGAAAGCCUUUGAGAAGACAAAGACACACUUCAGUAGCCCAGUGGACAUGCUGGGGAUUGUGCUGGCCAAGAAAUGUCAGGAGCUGGUCAGCGAUAUUGAUUACCGCCACUAUCUGCAUCAUUGGACCUGUCUGCCAGACCAGAAUGAUGUUAUCCAUGCUAAGCAAGCCUAUGAUCUACAGAGUGAUAACUGCUACAAGUCUGACCUUGAAUGGUUGCGAGGCAUUGGUUGGGUCCCACUUGGUUCCUUGGAGGUUGAAAAAGCCAAGAAGGCAGGGGAGAUCCUGAGUGAUAGAAUAUACCGUCAGCCUCCGGACACAAUCAAGUUUACUAGCAUCACUGAUUCUCUAGAGAUGGUUUUAGCUAAGCAGAAUGCAGAGACAAUGAAUAAGCGUUUAUAUACUGAGGCCUGGGAUAAAGACAAGACACAAAUCCACAUAAUGCCUGACACACCUGAAAUCACACUGGCAAAACAGAACAUGCAAAACUACAGUGUGAAACUCUACAAACAGGCCAUGGAAGAAGCAAAAAAGAAAGGCUAUGAUUUGAGAAGUGAUGCUAUCCCCAUUCAAGCUGCCAAAGCAUCCAGGCAAAUUGCCAGCGAUUACAAAUACAAAGAAGGCUAUCGCAAGCAGCUUGGGCACCACAUAGGGGCCCGUAACAUAGAGGAUGAUCCAAAGAUGAUGUGGUCGAUGCACGUAGCCAAGAUCCAGAGUGACAGGGAGUAUAAGAAAGCUUUUGAGAAGACAAAGACACACUUCAGUAGCCCAGUGGACAUGCUGGGAAUCGUGUUGGCCAAGAAAUGUCAGGAGCUGGUCAGCGAUAUUGAUUACCGCCACUAUCUGCAUCAGUGGAUCUGUCUGCCAGACCAGAAUGAUGUUAUCCAUGCUAAGAAAGCCUAUGAUCUACAGAGUGAUAACUGCUACAAGUCUGACCUUGAAUGGUUGCGAGGCAUUGGUUGGGUCCCGCUUGGUUCCUUGGAGGUUGAAAAAGCCAAGAAGGCAGGGGAGAUCCUGAGUGAUAAAAUAUACCGUCAGCCUCCGGACACAAUCAAGUUUACUAGCAUCACUGAUUCUCUAGAGAUGGUUUUAGCUAAGCAGAAUGCAGAGACAAUGAAUAAGCGUUUAUACACUGAAGCAUGGAAUAAAGAUAAGACCAUGGUUCAUGUCAUGCCUGACACACCAGAAAUCCUGCUAGCUAAACAAAACCAAUUAAAUUACAGUCAGAAAAUGUACAAAUUAGCUUUGGAGGAAUCGAAGAAGAAGGGUCAUGAUUUGCGUUUUGAUGCCAUUCCUAUUCAAGCUGCCAAAGCAUCCAGAGAGAUUGCCAGUGAUUACAAAUACAAAGAAGGCUAUCGCAAGCAGCUUGGGCACCACAUCGGGGCCCGUAACAUAGAGGAUGAUCCAAAGAUGAUGUGGUCGAUGCACGUAGCCAAGAUCCAGAGUGACAGGGAGUAUAAGAAAGCUUUUGAGAAGACAAAGACACACUUCAGUAGCCCAGUGGACAUGCUGGGGAUUGUGCUGGCCAAGAAAUGUCAGGAGCUGGUUAGCGAUAUUGAUUACCGCCACUAUCUGCAUCAGUGGAUCUGUCUGCCAGACCAGAAUGAUGUUAUCCAUGCUAAGAAAGCCUAUGAUCUACAGAGUGAUGCUGUUUACAAAUCAGACCUGGAAUGGCUAAGAGGUAUUGGAUGGGUUCCUAUUGGUUCCAUGGAAGUUGAGAAAGCCAAGAAAGCUGGAGAAAUCCUGAGUGAAAGGAAGUAUCGUCAACCAGCAGACCAAAUUAAAUUUACUAGUGUGACAGAUUCUUUGGCCAUGGUCUUAGCCAAGCAAAAUGCUGAGAUAAUGAACAAGCGUUUAUACACAGAAGCCUGGGAUGCAGACAAAACAUCAGUUCACGUCAUGCCUGACACACCGGAUAUUUUGUUAGCGAAGGCCAAUGCAGCUAAUGUUAGCCAUAAACUUUAUAUACAAGCCUGGGAAGAGGCCAAAAAGAAGGGUUAUGAUAUGAGGGCUGAUGCAAUUCCAAUCCGAAGUGCAAAGGCAUCAAGAGAUAUUGCAAGUGAUUACAAGUACAAAGAAACGCACGAGAAGCAGAAAGGCCACUACAUCGGGUGCCGAACUGCCCAGGAGGAUCCCAAACUGUCGUGGGCUGCGCGUGCCAUGUUGCUGCAGAAUGACCGAAUUUACAGGAAGGCGUACCAUGACUCAAAGGCCCAGAUCCACAUACCAGUCGACGCGAUGUCAGUGCAGGCAGCCAAGGAGUGCCAGAAUCUAGUCAGUGAUGUUGACUACCGCCAGUACUUUCACCAGUGGACCUGUCUGCCUGACCAGAAUGACGUGAUCCAUGCAAGGAAGGCCUACGACCUGCAGAGUGAUGCUGUCUAUAAGUCAGACCUAGAGUGGCUUCGUGGAAUUGGCUGGUUGCCUAAUGACUCUCCGGAUGUUAAGAGAGUGAAGCGUGCCCAGGAUCUCCUGAGUGAUAAUGUGUAUCGUACACGUAUUGAAAGCCUGAAAUACACCAGUGUUGUUGAUUCUCCAGAUGUUCUUCUAGCUAAAGUGAAUGCCGAACAAGUCAGCAUUCCAAAAUACAAAGAAGCCUGGGAAAAGGACAAGACUAUGAUCCAUAUUAUGCCAGACACACCUGAAAUCAACCUAGCCAAGACUAAUGCUGUUAAUUAUAGCCAGAAACUGUAUAAAGAAGCUUGGGAUGAGUUGAAGACGAGUUGUGAUUUGAGAGCAGAUGCAAUCCCAAUCAAGGCAGCCAAAGCUUCUAGAGAAAUUGCUAGUGAUUAUAAAUACAAACUGGAUCAUGAGAAGCAGAAAGGACAUUAUGUUGGAGUUCCAAAUGCAAAAGCAGAUAAGAAAAUGGAGUUUGCCCUCGGCAUAGGCAAAGUUCAGAGUGAACUAGAAUACAAGAAACACUUUGCCAAAUGGAAGACACAGUGCCACCUACCAGUAGACAUGCUAUCUAUCAUAGCGGCUAAACAUGGUCAGUCUUUGGUCAGUGAUGUUGAUUACCGUCAUUACUUGCAUCAGUGGCUCUGUCUUCCAGAUCAGAAUGAUGUCAUACAGGCUAGGAAAGCCUACGAUCUUCAGAGUGAUGCUAUUUACAAAUCUGAUUUAGAAUGGUUACGGGGUAUUGGAUGGUUGCCAAAUGAUUCGGUUGGAAUCAACCAUGUCAAAUAUGCUGGAGAUCUCUUGAAUGAGAGAAAGUACCGUACAAAAGUCGAAACUCUUCCAUUUACUCCAGUGGCGGACAGAGUUGAUUAUAUCACAGCAAAGAAUAGUGGUGAAAUUCGUAGUGAUAUUAAAUACCACAAGGCAUGGAAUGAGGUCAAGUCAAAUUAUACUCUAACAGAUACGCCACAGCUAGAUAUGGCCCGAGAGGCAGCCAGAAUUCUUAAUCAGAAUUUAUACAAGGAGAGUUGGGAGAAAGAAAAAGCCACUGGUUACCUCUUACCUCCUGACACUGUGCAGAUCUGUCAUGCCAAACACUCAAACGAUGUCCAAAGCGAGCUUAAAUACAAAGCUGAAUACGUCAAACAAAGAGGUCACUAUGUUGGAGUUCCCAGUAUGAGAGAUGAUCCAAAACUGGUGUGGUUUGAGCAUGCAGGCGAGAUCCAGAAUGACAGGUUGUACAAAUCAGACUAUCACAAAACAAAGGCCAGAGUUCACAUCCCUCCGGAUAUGGUGUCAGUUGUAGCAGCAAAGGAAUGUCAGACCUUGGUCAGCGAUAUUGACUACCGCCAAUACCUGCAUGAAUGGACAUGCCAUCCUGACCAGAAUGACUGUAUUCAGGCAAGGAAGGCCUAUGAUCUGCAAAGUGAUAAUAUUUAUAAAUCUGAUUUGGAAUGGCUUCGUGGCUGUGGUUGGAUUCCUCUGGAUUCAGUGGAACAUAAGAAAGUUAAGAAUGCACAAGAACUGAUAAAUAAGAGAGCAUAUACAAAAGAAGCCCUUGAUAAUUUUUCCAAUUAUACCAGUGUGGUUGACACUCCCGACAUUGUUUUGGCAAAGAUUAACUCUGUCAAUCAGAGUGAUUUAAAAUACAAGGAAACAUUUAACCUUGAAAAAGGCCAGUAUAUUGGGUCUGAUGAUACUCCUGCGCUGAACCAUGCCAAAGAUAUGUCCUUACUAUACAGUGAUAAACUCUAUAAAAAAGCUUGGGAAAUCAGCAAGCCCAUUGGAUAUACUUUGGAUGAGAAAUAUAUUCCAGUUGUUGGAGCGAAGCGUGCAAACUACAUAAAUAGUGAGCUUAAAUAUAAGGAAAUAUAUGAGAAGCUGAAAGGCCAUUACCUGGCUGGGAAGGAGAUUGGUGAUUUCCCUAGUGUCAUUCAUUCGCUAGCAUUCCAGAAAAUGAGGAGCGCGUUGGCAUACAGAAAGAAUUAUGAAGACACCAAAGCAAAUGUCCAUAUUCCAAGUGACAUGAUGAAUCACGUGCUAGCCAAGAAGUGCCAGUAUAUCCUCAGUGAUCUUGAAUACCGAACUUACUUCCAUCAGUGGAAUUGUUCACCUGAAGAAAAUGAUGUUGUUCAAGCCAGAAAAGCCCAGGAAAUUUUGAGUGAUGUGGUGUAUAAAGAUGACUUAAAUUGGCUGAAGGGACUUGGAUGUUACGUCUGGGAUACUCCACAAAUCCUGCAUGCUAAAAAAUCCUAUGACCUCCAGAGCCAAAUAAAAUAUACAGCAGCAGGAAAAGAGAAUUUGCAGAACUUUGGUGUUGUUACUGACACACCUCUCUAUGUGACUGCAGUGCAGAGUGGUGUAAAUGCUAGUGAUGUGAAAUACAAGCAAGAUUACCACAAAACGAAGGACAAGUAUACAACUGUGACUGAAACAGUGGAUUCUGAAAGAGUUCAAAAUUUGAAACAUCUCUUUAGCAAUAAUCUCUACAAGAAAGCCUGGGAAAAAGUGAAAGCUACUGGCUAUCUAAUGCCCUCUGAUGCUGUAUCCCUAGCUCGUGCAAAAGAACUGAAGCAUAAUGCUAGUAUUGUAAAAUACCGAGAAGAAUAUGAUAAGUUUAAAGCACUGUACACGCUACCCAGAGGUGUUGAGGAUGAUCCCAAUACAGCAAGGUGCCUUAGAGUUGGAAAACUUAAUAUUGAUCGUCUGUACAAGGAAGUCUAUGAAAAGAAUAAAGCCAAGAUCCACAUUAUUCCCGACAUGGUGGACAUAAUUUCUGCUAAGGAUGCACAGAAAAAAGUCAGUGAAAUUGAUUACCGCACACAUCUCCAUGAAUGGAUCUGUCUUCCAGAUCUUCAAAUCAAUGCCCAUGUUCGAAAAGUAACUGAUCAACUCAGUGAUGUGUUAUACAAGGAUGAUCUUAACUGGCUGAAAGGCAUUGGCUGCUUUGUGUGGGACACUCCUGAAAUUCUCCAUGCCAAACAUGCCUAUGAUCUUCGCAGUGAUAUUAAGUACAAAUCUAAGGCAGAAAAAAUGAAAAGUGACUACACUGUGGUCAUGGAAACUCCUGUCUAUGUCCAGAAUGUCCUCAGUGGCUUGAAUUUAAGUGAAGCUGUCUAUCGUGGUGAAUAUAUGCACAAUGUUAAAGGCAAAAUGAUUCCUACUGAUAAAACAGUAGAUUUGGAGCGGGCAUAUCAUGCAAACAAAAUACAGAGUGAAAAUUUGUAUCGCUGGGCUGGUGUGAAUGCUCUACCUACUGGAUACACCCUUCCCACAGAUACUCCCAGCUUUCAGCAUGCUAAACAUGUCCAAUACAUCGGCAGUGAUCUGAAAUAUAAAGAAGCCUAUGAACACAUGAAAGCUAAAGGAUAUACUCUGGGACCUAAAGAUGUUGGGUUUGAAAAUGUGAAGAAAGUGAAUCAAGUCACUAAUGAGAGGUUGUAUCGAGCAACAUACCACAAGUACAAGGACAAGAUUCAUACCACUCCAGACACACCAGAAAUCCGUCAAGUCAGAGCAACACAGGAAGCUGUCAGUGAUCUGAUCUACAAGUCAGAUUUCUUUAGGAUGCAGGGACACUUGAUUUCAUUGCCAUACACUCCUCAGGUGUUGCACUGCCGCUAUGUUGGGGACAUCACAAGUGAUAAUAAAUACAAGGAGGAUCUGAAGUGGUUGAAGGGCUUGGGUUGCUUUCUGUAUGAUACUCCUGAUAUGGUCCGUGCUCGUCAUCUGCGUAAGCUUUGGUCUAAUUAUAUAUACACAGAUACUGCAAAGAAGAUGUGGGCUAAAUACAAUGUGGUAUUGGAUACUCCUGGAUACAGAGCAGUUCAGGAACUAAAAACCCAUUUGAGUGAACUGGUUUACAGAGCUGCAGGCAAGGAGCUGAAGACAAAAUACACUUCCAUCCUUGAUACGCCUGACUUCUUAAGAGCCAAGCAAGGACAAAAAAUACAAAGCCAGUACUUGUACGUGGAACUUGCCACAAAAGAGAGACCUCAUCAUCAUGCUGGUGGUCAGACUCCAGCCUUUACCCAUGCUAGGCAUGUAAAGGACAUGGUCAGUGAGAAAAAGUAUAAAACCCAGUAUGAGAAGAUGAAGGACAAAUACACGCCUGUCCCGGACACACCAAUCUUGAUCAGAGCCAAGAGAGCAUACCUGAAUGCCAGUGAUUUACGCUACAAAGAAACCUUUGAGAAUGCUAAGGGCAAAUACCACACAGUGAAAGAUGCUUUGGAUAUUGUCUAUCAUCGAAAGGUCACCGAUGAUAUUAGCAGUGUGAAAUACAAGGAAAAUUAUAUGAGCCAGUUAGGAAUCUGGAGAUCAAUCCCAGACCGUCCAGAGCAUUUCCAUCAUCGCGCAGUCACGGAUGCUGUUAGUGAUGUUAAAUACAAGGAAGACUUAUCAUGGCUCAGAGGCAUUGGCUGUUAUGCAUGGGAUACUCCAAGUUUAGCUCUGGCAGAAAAGAAUAAGGUGCUCUACAGUGGGUGUAAGUACAAGGAGAUAUUUGAGAAGACUAAGUCUCAGUUUCAGUAUGUAGCUGACUCUCCAAUUAACAAGCAUUUUAAACACGCAACUCAGUUGAUGGAUGGGAAAAAAUAUAAAUCCUUUGCCAAGAUGCUCCUGCAACAUGGAUGUAAUGAAAUUCUGAGGCCAGAUAUGCUGACAGCACUCUACAACACAUACUUAUGGAGCCAGGUUGAAUACAAAAAGGACUAUGAAAAGAAGAAGGACAAGUAUACUAUGGUUGUGGAUACUCCAGAACACUUAAGGACUACAAAAGUCAACAAACAGAUUAGUGAUAUUAUUUACAAGUUGGAAUAUAACAAAGAGAAGCCUAAAGGCUAUACUACAAUCCAUGAUACACCUAUGUUAUUGCAUGUGCGCAAGGUCAAGGACAGAAUAAGUGAUCUGAAAUACAAAGAAGUGUAUGAGAGGAAUAAAUCUCACUGCAAUGUCAUAGCAGAUUCAGUUCAUAUUAAGACUCCAAGGCAUGCUUACAAGCUAAACAGCAAUCUGGAUUAUAAGAAGAAAUAUGAAGCAGCCAAGGCUCAUUGGCACUGGAUUGCUGAUAGGCCUGAUUUUGUUCAAGCAGCCAAGUCAUCUCUGCAACAGAGUGAUUAUGAAUAUAAACUGGACCGGGAAUUCCUAAAGGGAUGCAAACUCUCCGUCACAGAUGAUAAAAACACAGUAUUGGCCUUAAAUAAUGCCAUCCUGGCAAGUGAUAUAAAAUACAAAGAGAAGCACAACAAAGCUCGAGGAACGUGCCUUGUUGUUCCAGAUACACCUCAGAUCCUCCUGGCUAAGAACGUCAGCUCUCUUGUAUCCGAGAACAAAUACAAAGAACAGAGCAAGAAGCAGCUUCCACAUGGAUCUUAUACAACCCUGCCAGAGACACGAGACACUGUUCAUGUGAAAGAGGUGACCAAGAAUGUCAGCGACACAAACUACAAAGAGAAGUUUGUGAAGGACAAAGGCAAGUCUAAUUAUUCUGUCAUGCUGGAGCCUCCCGAAGUGAAACAUGCCAUGGAAGUUGCUAAAAAACAGAGCACAAUUGAAUACAAGAAAGAUGCCAAGUCCAAGCUCCACUACACACCUAUAGCAGAUCGACCAGAUAUUAAGAAAGCAACUCAGGCUGCCAAGUUAAUUAGCAAUAUUGAAUAUAAAAAGCGUGGAGAAGCUGGCAUUGGCGUAACCAUGCUGGGACGUCCAGAUAUUGAACUCGCAAAGGAGGUCUCCAAGCUAACUAGCCAGGUGAAAUACAAGGAGAAUUUUUCCAAAGAGAUGGGUAAAAAGCCAAAGUAUGAUUUGAAGGAGGCUAAAAUCUACAAGACCAUGAAAGACGCUCACAACAUGGCUAGUGAGGUGAAAUACAAGGCAGAUUUAAAGAAACUUCAUAAGCCUGUCACAGACAUGUCUGAAUCGCUCAUCAUGAACCAUGUCCUGAGUACAAGCCAGCUUGCCAGUGCUUACCAGUACAAGAAGCAAUAUGAGAAGAGUAAGGGUCACUACCAUGUGGUGCCAGAUAAUCUUGAACAGGUUCAUCUAAGGGAGGCAUCAGAACUACAGAGCCACGUGAAAUACAGAGAGAAGUAUGAGAAGGAAAAAGGAAAACCUAUGUUGGACUUUGAAACUCCAACAUACCUUACUGCAAAGGAAUCUCAGCUCAUGCAGAGUGAGAAAGAAUAUAAGAAGGACUUUGAAGAGUCCAUUAAGGGGCGAAACCUUACUGGCUUGGAGAUUACACCAUCCUUAUUACAUGUCAAAUAUGCAACCAAAAUAGCAAGCGAGAAAGAGUAUAGGAAGGAUCUGGAGGAAGGUGUCAAAGGUAAAGGACUAACAGCUUUAGAGGAAACUCCAGACAUGUUAAGAGCGAAGAAUGCAACUCAAAUCCUGAACGAGAAAGAGUACAAAAAAGCCUUGGAAUUGGAAAUCAGAGGAAAAGGUCUGACAGAACUGGCUUUGGAGACACCAGAUUUUGUGAGAGCAAAGAAUGCCACUGACAUUGCCAGUCAGAUCAAAUAUAAACAAUUGGCAGAAAUGGAGAAAGCCAACUACACCAGCGUUGUCGAUACUCCAGAGAUUAUUCAUGCCCAGCAGGUCAAGAACCUUUCGAGCCAGAAAAGGUAUAAAGAAGAUGCAGAAAGGACUAUGCCAUACUAUGUGCCUGUAGCAGACACACCAGAAAUGCAGAGAGUCCGUGAGAAUCAAAAGAACUUUAGCACACUUCAGUAUCAGUGGGACCUACAGAACAGUAAAGGAAAAGUUACAGUUGUACAAGACACACCAGAAAUGCUGCGUGUGAAAGAAAACCAGAAGAAUUUCAGCUCGAUUUUAUAUAAAGAAGAUAUUGGAACUGGAACUACUAUUGAAAAGACACCAGAGAUGCAGAGAGUUAAACAAACCCAGGAUGCAAUCAGCUCGAUUAAGUACAAGGAGAGUAUUGGAAAAGGAACUCCAAUUCCUGAUCUUCCAGAAGUGAAGCGUGUCAAGGAGACCCAGAAGCACAUCAGUUCGGUAUUGUACAAAGAGGACCUAGGGACAGGUAUCCCAACACCUGUCACUCCAGAAAUAGAGAGAGUCAAACGCAAUCAAGAACACAUUAGCUCGGUGUUAUACAAAGAGGGCUUAGGGACUGGCAUCCCAACACCGGUUACUCCAGAGAUGGAGAGAGUGAAACGUAAUCAAGAGAACAUUAGCUCGGUGUUAUACAAAGAGGAUCUGGGGACAGGAACCCCAACACCUGUCACUCCUGAGAUUGAAAGAGUUAAACGCAAUCAAGAAAACUUUAGCUCGGUGUUGUACAAAGAGGAUCUGGGGACAGGAACCCCAAUACCUGUCACUCCUGAGGUUGAGAGAGUCAAACGCAAUCAAGAACACAUUAGCUCGGUGUUGUACAAAGAAAGCGUGGGGACUGGAACCCCCACCCCUAUCACUCCAGAGAUGGAGAGGGUCAAACGCAAUCAAGAAAUCUGUAGCUCGGUGUUGUAUAAAGAAAACAUAGGGAAAGCAACCCCAACACCUGUCACUCCUGAGAUGGAGAGAGUCAAACGCAAUCAAGAAAUCAUUAGCUCGGUUUUGUACAAAGAAAAUGUGGGGAAAGUGACCCCAACACCAAUCACUCCAGAGAUGGAGAGAGUCAAACGCAAUCAAGAAAUCAUUAGCUCGGUGUUGUACAAAGAAAACUUGGGGCGAGCAACCCCCACACCUAUCACUCCAGAGAUGGAGAGAGUCAAACGCAAUCAAGAACAGAUUAGCUCGGUUUUGUACAAGGAACAUCUGGCAAAAGGAACUCCAACACCGAUGACUCCAGAGAUGGAGAGAGCUAAACGCAAUCAAGAAAACAUCAGCUCGGUUCUUUAUUCAGAUAGUUUCCGAAAACAAGUACAAGGCAAAGCUGCGUAUGUGUUGGAUACACCUGAAAUGCGGCGUGUACGAGAGACCCAGAAACAUAUCUCUACGGUGAAAUACCAUGAAGAUUUUGAGAAAAGCAAAGGUAGUUUCACACCUGUAGUUACUGACCCCAUUACAGAACGUGUGAAAAAGAACAUGCAGGACUUCAGUGACAUUAGCUAUAGGGGCAUUCAAAGGCGAGUAGUAGAAAUGGAGCGAAAGCGUGUGGACCAGGAUCAAGAGAAUCUCACAGGUCUUCGCGUGUGGCGCACUAAUCCCGGGUCAGUCUUUGACUACGACCCAGCAGAAGACAAUAUUCAGUCCAGAAGCUUACAUAUGAUCUCUGUCCAAGCCCAGCGCCGCAGCCGGGAGCACUCCCGCUCUGCCAGUGCCUUGAGCCUGAGUGGUGGCGAUGAAAAAUCUGAACCCUCGGACGGCGCCGAUCAACAUUUGUCCUACUACAGCAACGGGGGCUUCUUUGCCACAACUACAACAGUGGGCUACAAACAUGCUAAAACCAUAGAGUUACCACAGCAACGGUCAUCGUCAGUUGCCACCCAGCAAACAACGGUAUCAUCGGUUCCUUCUCACCCCUCUACUGCUGGUAAGACCUACCGGGCCAUGUAUGACUAUAUGGCAGCUGAUGCUGAUGAGGUUUCCUUCAAAGAUGGUGACACAAUUGUAAACGUACAAGCAAUUGAUGAAGGCUGGAUGUAUGGGACUGUCCAGAGAACCGGCAAGACUGGCAUGCUGCCAGCCAACUACGUAGAAGCUGUCUAAACCAAAGCACGUCUUUGCAUAAAGUGUUAUCUGCAUGGCACAGACAUACCGGCACAUCUUAAAAUGUAAGCCUUAGAAAAGGGUUUGUAACACUUUUUCCAAAGUGCCUUACUGUCUUCCAUGUUGAUAGUGCCUUAUGAACCAUGAUGUGGGCAAAAAAAA